AUGGCGGGGAUAACCGUCCCGCUGACCGACCUGCUGCACAAGAACAGGGAUUUUGUGUGGGGGGGGGAAGCAGAGGCGACUUUCCAGGAGUUGAAGAAUUUUCUCGUUUCCCCUCACGUGCUGCGCAUCGUCGACCCACCAAAGCCGUUCGAAGUUGUAACCGACGCCUCUGAUUUCGCCAUCGAUGAUGUGCUCCUUCAAGAUUUUGGGAAUGGAUUGCAACCGAUCGCCUACGAAUCACGCAAACUGCAGGCAGCCGAGCGCAACUACCCGAUUCACGACAAGGAGAUGCUCGCCAUUAUUCACGCGUUCAAACUGUGGCGCUGUUACCUGGUGGGCGCCGACGUCACUGUUCGCACGGACCACAAGUCCCUACAGUACCUGCGAGCCCAGCCCAACCUCAAUCCACGACAGACUCGGUGGCUGGAUUACAUGGAGAGCCACUUCAAAUAG